AUGACAGAGCUCGACAAGUCAUGGAACCACCGAACACAAUUUGACUGGCCUGCAAAAUUCCCCAUAUCAGUUCAGGGCGAAAGACAAUCACCCAUUGACAUCAAGAUCCAGGAAGCCAAGAAAAAGAAAGGGGGUCCGCUCAAGUUAGACUUAAUUGAAGGAUCCAAGGAUAGCGAAUGGACAUUUGUGAAUAACGGCCACACUUUUGUAGCCUCUCCUCCCGAAGGCGUGAGCUGGGAAUUAUCGGGGGGUGCGAUAGAAGGCGUAUUUCAACUAUCUUCGUUCCACGCCCAUUGGGGGACAUGUAAGGGCCAUGGAUCCGAUCACCUUUUAAGCGGGAAAAGGUUCGACGGCGAGAUGCAUUUUGUGUUCAAAGCGAAAGCAGGCCAGAAAAAAAUGCCUGAAGAUGGAUUUGUAGCACUCGGAAUUUUGCUCAAUGAGCAACCGGCAACUGAUGAGAAAGCGAAGCCAGUGAUUGAAGAUACUCUUGGAACCAACUUGACCAAAAUUACAGCUCCAGCUGUCGAACCAGUUAUGAUACCAGCGGUUGAUAUGCACGCCAUUUUCCCCAUAGGCAAAGGGGAAUACUACGCGUAUAAAGGAUCUCUUACAACUCCCCCAUUUACAGAAUCGGUGAUGCACGUGUUGUAUGAGAAACCCCUGGAUAUCUCGGCUGAAUUUAUGGGGAAAUUAAGAGACCUGGACGGAAUUGAUGGCGAGAAAAUGACUUUCAACUAUAGAAAUAUUCAGCCAACUUUCAACCGAAAGAUUUUCAAGGCAAAAUAG